AUGAAAUUUUCAGCCACCAUUCUUUUGAUUGUUGCCCUUUUGGCUUCAAUUGGUUUCUCCACUCCAUCUGAAUACAAAAAAGAUGAAUUUUACAAGUAUUGUCAAAAUAUUGAAUUUAAGAAACCUGUUGAUGGUAUCAUGUAUAUGAUUAAUAGCACUCAAGUUGCGGAUUUUGUCGUCCCCAAGGAUUGUAUGAAAAAAUAUGGUUAUUAUUUGAUGACCACCGUCGAAAUUUUCAGUAUCGGCGCCAACAAAAUAAUUGAUACCAUCGUUGAACAGGAAUAUUAUUAUCAUGUCCAAAGUGAAUCUGGAAUGUUCAUCGCCAAGGAUGAAAAGUAA